UUUUUUAGUAUGUAUAUUUAUGGAAUUGAUUGUUUUAAUGUUACAACAUUCUGGCUUUGUUUUAUUUGGAGUUUUUUGGCUAAUGGUUACAAUAUUAGAUUUUUUUCUUAAGAAUUCAAAAGCUUAUAGCCACCACUACAAUACAUUUCUUAGAAAAAAUGGAAUUUGUAUGUCACUUUGUCAAAUACGAUGGGAAACAAUUGCUUUUAAUCGUACUGUUUUAAGAAUUGGGCGUUGGCGACCAAAUUUUUUAAAGAUUUGGUUUAAUUGUGGUGUUUUCUUUGGAGUGGUUAGUAUGUUUGGAUCUACAGUUCUUCUAACUAUGGUGUUAUUGGGCACUCUUUUCGCAGAAAAGAACCAUGAUCAACUAUUGCAACCAAUGAUGCCUGGUAUGAAUUUACCUUGGAAUGAAGCACUUUAUUAUUUUAUAUCACUCAUUCUAGCUGGAAUUUUUCACGAGCUGGGUCAUGCUGUAGCUGCUGUAAGGGAACGAGUCAAUGUAAACAGCUUUGGGUUAUUUUUAUUUUUUAUUUAUCCUGGUGCAUUUGUUGAAUUAAAUUCUGAAGAAGUAGAAGAUAUAUCACCUUUUUGUAAGCUGCGAAUUGUAUGUGCUGGUGUAUGGCAUAAUUUUAUAUUGGCUAUGUUUAUGCUGUUAUUUUCCUUUUUAAUUCCACAUAUACUGUCAUCUAUUUACCUAACUGGUAGCGGUGUCGUUGUUACUUGGACUUACAAGGCUUCUUCAAUCGCAAAUGAACUUCGACCAGGUGAUGUUGUUUAUUCGUUAAAUAAUUGUCCUACGUAUUCUUCAAUGAAUUGGAUGGAAUGUCUUCAUAAAAUAAAUACAUCUCCGCAAGAUGGAUUUUGUAAUUCAAAAUCUUUUGUUGGAUUGCAUAACAUAUCUUCUACUCUAAACCCACUAAACUUAGAUUGCUGUGAUAAAACCUCGUAUAGAUUUUGUUUCUUUUACAUUAAUAAUCAAUUUGAAAAUUUAAAACUUUCAGAAGCUACUUUGGAAAAAUCUUAUCGAAACCAUUAUAGUUAUGCGUGUCUUCCAGCUCGUUUAACAAUUGAGCACAAGCAGUUAUGUAAUGACAGUUCCUUUUGCACAAGUUUGUUUAAAUAUGAGAGUUUUUGUGUGAAACCUUUGGUAUUCAAUACAACAAAGCUCAUUCGCAUCAAUUAUAAAGAAGGUAGAGAUAUUCUAUUUGUAGGUGACCCUGCUGAACUGUUAUCAACAAUUCGAGUUUCAAAUUAUGUUCCAAAAUACUCAUUUUCUGUUAUAAAUUUACCUGAACAUUUUCAGUUACUAUGCAUAUAUACAGUUUCAAUUUCAUUAGCGUUAUCUGUUUUAAAUAUGGUUCCAUGUUAUUUAUUGGAUGGAAAUCAAGCACUUCUUGCUUUAAUGCAAAUGAUCUUUCCCAUAAACGAAACUGUUCGAACAUCUUUUACAACAGUUAUUUUAUUGUUAGGUACCCUUAUACUAUUAGUAAAUAUUGUACUUGGAUUUUUGAAACUUUUACUAUAAAAUUAAA